UUGGCACUUAAAAAAAAACCUGAAUCUUGGAAAACACAGUGUGUAAUCCCUCUACUUAAGCUUGACAAGCCACCUGAAGAUCCUAACUCAUAUCGUCCCAUAUCAUUGUCAUCUUGUAUUGGAAAGCUUAAUGAAAACAUGAUAAAGAUGCGUUUUGAGUAUUAUGUAGAGGCGAACAACAUCAUUCCACGUGUUCAAUAUGGCUUCCGGAGAGGGAGAAGCUGUGUUGACAGCUUGAUCUCUCUCUUAUCAUAUCUGAAAUAUGCCAAUAAUAAUAAUAAGUCCAGUGUUUGUGUUUUUCUGGAUGUUCAAGGUGCGUUUGAUAAUAUUGACCCUGGUAUUUUGGUUCAAGUUCUUUCUGACACUGGUAUACCAGGCAUAUUUUGCCAUUGGUUAUUUCUUUUUUUAACAGAUAGAACUUUGUAUAUAAGGCAUACUAAUAUUCUCCAUGAUCCCAGAAAGGUUUCCUACUGUAGUUACCACAAACCAAUUAUUACUACGAUUGAAAGUACAGAUGGAGAAUGUACUGAUGAAGUUUAUAAUGAAUUGGAUGGAUUGAAUGAUGUUCAAUAA